UUUCGCACUGCUGGGUGUGAUAGUAACCAUCUCACUGGGGGUGAUACUGUUCACGUACGGCGGUGAGGCUGAAUACAACGUGCUUGGCCUGGUACUGGUGAUGACGGCUACCGUUAUGGCUGGUCUACGGUGGGUGCUCACACAGCUGCUGCUGCAACACAAGCAAUUUGGCCUUCACAAUCCAAUCGACACUCUGUACCAUGUGACGCCGGUGAUGGCUGCAGUACUGCUGCCGUUGGCAUUGAUUUUCGAGGGCACCGCCUUCUUCUCAUCACACCACAUCUACAUGGGCGAUGAAUGGUCCCCAUAUCGGUCCUGUCUGGUCAUGGGAGUUGGGGCGCUCAUAGCGUUUGCCAUGAAUGUCAGCGAGUUUUUGCUGAUCUCCCGCACAUCCUCCGUCACCCUGUCGGUCGCAGGCAUAAUGAAGGAACUCCUCACAAUCCUUCUAUCUGUGGUCGUGUUCUCGGAAACACUCAACUCCAUGAACGUACUAGGGCUGUUCAUCACUAUAGGGGGUAUCGUCAUAUUCAAUAUAAUCAAGUAUCGCCAAAUGCAAGCAAAGGCACUCAGCUCCAAACACGGUAGCAUCAGCUCGUUGCGCUCGGGUAAAGGCAGCAGCCGCGACAGGGGAGACGGAGAACGACUUAUGGGAAGUUCGGAGAGUAACGACGACGAUGAUGAUGUGUUGUUUGAGAUGCAGGCUGUAGACAGGGCCGAUGGGGUUCUGCGUGCGAGGUAGUAGUGGCGGUAUAUUCGUGUAUAUUAGUUAGUUGUAUGUCUUAUAACAUAGCAACGACGAUGAUGAUGUGCUGUUUGAGAUGCAGGUUGUAGACGAGGUCUAUGGGGGUCUGCGUGCGAGGUAGUAGUGGAGAUAUAUUCGUGUAUAGUAGUUAGUUGUAUGUCGUAUAACAUAACGACGAUGAUGAUGUGCUGUUU